AUGAUGCUGACCAUUGAUUCAGUUGUCACCGCAGUUGAGCAAUAUCAUCCACAAGCGGACACGGAUCUGAUUCGCCGCGCCUAUCUAUUUGCCGCAGAAGCCCACAAGCAUCAAAAACGCAAAUCCGGCAUCCCCUACAUUUCACAUCCCUUGGAAGUCGCGUCUAUUCUGACCGAGUUGCAAAUGGACGCCAUGACCAUCGCCAGCGCGCUGCUACACGACACCAUCGAAGAUACCGACGCCGGCGAGGAACAGAUCGCGUCGGACUUCAGCCCCGAUGUCGCCGCCCUCGUCUCCGGCGUUACCAAGCUGAGCAAGCUCGAUUUCUUCAGCCAAGAGGAACGGCAGGCCGAGAGCUUCCGCAAGAUGCUGGUUGCCAUGGCCAAGGAUAUCCGGGUGAUUCUGGUCAAGCUCGCUGACCGGCUGCAUAACCUGCGCACUCUGGAACACAUGGCGGGCCACAAACAACGUCUCGUCGCCCGCGAAACGCUGGAGAUCUACGCGCCUUUGGCUCAUCGUCUCGGCAUUACCUGGAUGAAGGCCGAGAUGGAAGACCUUUCCUUCCUCUACCUGCACCCGCGGGCGUACCAGGAAAUCGAGGCACAGUUCACAGGCGAGCAGGACGCGAGCGAGCGCUACUUGGCACAGGUGCAGGAAACGGUAGCCAAAGAACUCACGCAGAUGAGAAUCGACUGCCGGCUUUCCGGACGGCCCAAGCAUUACUACAGCAUCUACCAGAAGAUGCAGCGCCAGCAAUUGCCGUUCGAGGAAGUCCACGACCUACUGGCCGUUCGGGUCAUCACCGACACGGUGCGCAACUGUUACGCCAUCCUGGGUAUCAUCCACGCCCUCUGGAAGCCCAUCCCCGGACGCUUCAAGGACUACAUCGCCCUCCCUAAACCCAACAUGUACCAAUCCUUGCACACCAUCGUGCUGGGUCCCGAGCGCCAGCGCAUCGAGUUGCAGAUUCGCACCGAGGAGAUGCACCGCACCGCGGAAGAAGGUAUCGCAGCGCAUUGGCAUUACAAGGAACGCGGCUCAACCGAAGAGAACGAAGAGUAUUUUGCCUGGCUGCGGCAAUUGAUCGAAUGGCAGCAGGAUCUCAAAGACCCUAUCGAGUUCAUGGAAACGGUCAAGAUCGACAUGUUUCCGGAGGAAGUCUACGUCUUUACCCCGCGCGGCGAGGUGAAGACGUUCCCGCGCGGCGCCACGGCAGUGGAUUUCGCCUAUUCCGUGCAUACCGACGUGGGUCACCAGUGCACGGGCGCCAAAGUAAACGGCCGCAUGGUGCCGCUGCGUUAUCAAUUGCGCAACGGGGAUACGAUCGAAGUCCUUACCUCUACCUCCCACGUGCCGAACCGCGACUGGUUGCGCUGGGUCGUCACGCCACGCGCUCGGACGCGCAUCAAGGCGUGGCUCAAGUCGGAAGACAAAGAAAGAAGUAUCGCCUUGGGCAUGCGCAACCUGGAACACGAAAUCCGCAAGUACACGCCGAAUCCUCAGCCCUAUGUGAAGACGGACGUCCUACUCGCCGCUGCCCCGGCGUUCGGCUGCCAUCGAGCCAACGAUCUGCUGGAAGCCGUAGGUUACGGGCGCGUGUCAGCCCUGCAAGUCGCGCAUCGUUUGCUACCGUCGAACCUCAUCAAGGAGAAAACGAAGCAGGGUAAGGCGGUGGCACCGUCCGGGCGACAGCAGCCGCGCAGCGAGGGGGUGAGGGUGCACGGGCUUACCGACGUUCUCAUCAAUUUCGCCCGCUGCUGCAGCCCCCUCCCCGGUGACCGCAUCGUCGGGUACGUGACGCGUGGUCGCGGCGUCAGUGUUCACACCACGGACUGUGAAAGCACGCGAAAGCUGGAAUACGACGCAGAAAGGCGUACCUCGGUGUCGUGGGACGAUGCUGCCGAGACCCUGCACCCUGCGGCAAUCGCCCUUGUGACGCACGACGAACAAGGGGUGCUGGCAAACGUGAGCGCCGCUGUUUCAGCGUGCAAGGUGAAUAUCAGCCGGUUCCACACAACGACCACCAUGGAGAAGAAAGCCUACAUGGACAUAACGGUCGAUGUCCGUGACGUGAACCAUCUGAACGAAGUCAUUCGCCGGAUUGAAGGCGUUCGGGGCGUGCUUUCGGUAGAACGCGCCAGGAAUGUCAGGCGGGGCAAUUGGCAUACGUAA